AUGGCGGCGAUGGCCUGGCGAGGAGGAGCAGGAGGAGGAGCAGGAGGAGGGUUAGGAAGGGGAGUAGGAGGAGAGGCUCUGAGCGUUGCUCGACGAGGUUUGCUGUCCGUGUUGUCUUCUGCUGAAGGAACCAACUCCACUUGCGGAAAUUUUAACUUCGAGGCAGCGACAGUGCGAGAAGCGAUGUGGACAUGGAGGCAGACUGUCCGGAUAUUUGAGAAGGCGGGGACUGGCAACAGCGGCGGGCAAGAGAAGGUGGGAGGGAGGAUGGAGUAUGACAUCAUGUCCUGGUCGAGCCUGGUGCGGUUGAAGGACGACAAGGGGGAAACGAUAGCGACAAGCAGACAUGAGAUGAGAACUGGAGCCGGGGAACUCUUCCCUCAUGAUGUGAUAGUGGUGGAGGAUUGUGCUGGAAACCAGCUCGGGGAGGUGACGGAGGAGCUUCAGUCUGCUGGAAUGGGAAGCGUAGUCCUCUUCACCUUUGCAGAUGCUCAAGGGAAGGUUUUCGCCUCCUCCUCCCCGAAGGGCGAUGGGAUGGUCGUGCACGACGUGGCGAGCGGCAAGAGCAUGGUCACUUUGAUGAGGACAACCACGUUCGGAGACUUGCGGGACUCCUGGACGAUGAGCAGGAGCAACUCGAACGGUCGAGCCCUGGACGCUCGGCUCCUUCUCCUCGCCAUCGCAGCGCAGAGCCCUCCCGUUGCAUGGGGGCUCUCUGCAUUCCCCUUCAUCCUCUUCCUCGUCCUCUCCCUCCUCGUCGCCUGCCUGCUGUGCGUCCGUUUCUGCAUGAACAACAGGGGAUACACCAGCAUCGAGAAUUUGGAUAGGACGGAAUACGUCUGA